CCCAAAUCAGACGUCCUAGGGAAGAUGAGAAAGUUCCGGCGCAAGCGCUUUCUAGAACUGCGCUGUUUGCCCAUCUAGAGGCUCAUCUUCUCUUUCAAUUUGUUAAGGGAGAACUUAGGAAAGAAGGAAAGGGUCCCAUCUUGGAUGUACUAUCUGGUUCAACGGAAAAAAAAGAUCGAACACAAUGCUGGUAAGAAAUGGCUCGCACGCUUCAGACGCACCCAAGUCAGUAGAAUCAACGUAGUGUUUUUCCUGGAGCUCGGAAAGCCUUGGAAUUGUCAACUCAGAUCUAGAAGAAUGACAAGAGAAUUAGAAAGCACAUUAGCCUGUUGUUAUUGACUUUCAUGAGAGUGAUUGGCCACCUCGGAAUACCACAUGUACCUUACGGAGUAGACACUUACACUGCACACUACGGAGAGAUCAGUCACCCAUUUUUGAUGGACUGCGCGUUUCGGAUGAGAACGGCAGACCAGUGAGGGAUACCUCACAUUUGCGAGUCCAGGGCCAUCAAUGAACA